CCGGCAUCAGUCGCAGCCUCUAGCUCAUCCAGCACAGUCGCAUCCAAACCCACAAGCCAAAAUCAAAAUGAAAUUCCUCGUUGCCUUCGCCCUGUUCGCCUGCGUGGCCGCCGACGUAAGCCACCUGAGCAACGAGUACCUGCCGCCCCUCCAGAACUCGUACGCCGCUCCCUCGGUGAGCUACUCCGCCCCUGCUGUCCAGCAGACCUACUCCGCCCCUGCCAUCCAGCAGUCGUACUCCGCCCCCAGCAGCGAGUACCUGCCCCCCGUGCAGAGCUACUCCGCUCCUGCCGUCCAGAGGACCUACUCCGCCCCCUCGGUGAGCUAUUCCGCUCCUGCCGUCCAGAGGACCUACGCCGCCCCCUCGGUCAGCUACUCCGCUCCUGCUCCCUCGGUCAGCUACUCGGCCCCCUCUGUGAGCUACUCCGCCCCUGCCCCCUCGGUUAGCUACUCGGCCCCCUCGGUCAGCUACUCCGCUCCUGCUGUCCAGCAAUCGUACGUCGCUCCCGCCGUCAGCUACUCCGCCCCUGCCGUCCAGCAGACCUAUGCCGCCCCCUCGGUCAGCUACUCCGCCCCUGCUGUCCAGCAGUCGUACUCCGCUCCUGCCGUCAGCUACUCCGCCCCCUCGGUGAGCUACUCCGCCCCCUCCGUGGAUGUGGGCACCCAGUACGCCUCCAACGGCGGCUACGUCUACAGGAAGUAAGGAACUCGAGAUCAGAGGCCUGCAACUGAAUACGAAACAGUGUAAAUACCUACAUACUGCCCCCAACUCACCAUCAAUUUUUUUUUGUAUUGUAAACUCCGUUAACAAUGAAAAU